AGAUGCUGGUGUCAUCUGUUCAGAAAGUCUUGUAAAGCCCAGCAUCUCCAUGGAUCCUGUUGGAGAGGUCUCCUGGGGUCAGGAACUCAGAAUCACCUGUUCCACUGCAGCUGAACUUUUAGGACAAACCUUUUUUCUCCAGAAAAGCUCGGGUUCCUUCAAACAGACACAAAUUUCUUCAAGCCGCGCUGCAACCUUCACCAUCUCUAAAGUGAAUUUUGAUCACGACGGAUCGUACCAGUGUCACUACGAGAAAACUGUUUCUGGUCAAACGUACACUUCACCUGUAAGUGACCUACGUAACAUUAUUGUGAACGUCCUAAAGCCCAGACUCUCUGUGAGUUCUACUAAUGUUUUGUGGGGUCAGAAAUUUGCAUUCACUUGUUCAAUUCCAAAUCAAGUCCUUGGUGGAACUUUCAUCCUGAUGAAUACUCAGAGUUCAUUUAAAGAGACUCAAACCUCAAGUAGCAAUUCUGCCAACUUUGCAAUCUCCAAAGCUGACAUUGAAAAUGAAGGGUCGUACCAGUGUCAGUAUCAGAAAAACGCACAUCGAACUUUCACUUCUCCAUUAAGCAACUCUGUCAGAGUUUCUGUAAACGUGAGCCUACAGGCGCCCAACAUCUCACUAACUUCUCCUGGAGCAGAGUUGGUCUGGGGCCCUGGAGAAGCAGAGAUCACUGGUGGUCUGAACUUUACCAUCACCUGCUCCAUUAACCCUGAAUCUCCUCAGGGUCAUUUCUUUCUCGUCAUUUCUGGAUUCAACAUGACUACCAACAGCUCAGCAGUCAACAACGCAGCCUCUUUUACCUUUCCUGUGGCCGAGUUAAAACACCAGGGUAACUACAGCUGUUUGUACCAGGUUACCCUGUCUGGACGCACUGUGGCCUCUGCUGAGUCAGCACCCAUCACUGUUGUUGUGAGGCUGAGCCUACAGGCGCCCAACAUCUCACUAACUUCUCCUGGUGCAGAUUUGGUCUGGGGCCCUGGAGAAGCAGAGAUCACUGGUGGUCUGAACUUUACCAUCACCUGCUCCAUCAACCCUGAAUCUCCUCAGGGUCGUUUCUUUCUCGUCAUAUCUGGAUUCAACAUGACUACCAACAGCUCAGCAGUCAACAACGCAGCCUCCUUUACCUUUUCUGUGGCCGAGUUAAAACACCAUGGUAACUACAGCUGUUUGUACCAGGUUACCCUGUCUGGACGCACCGUGGCCUCUGCUGAGUCAGCACCCAUCACUGUUGUUGUGAGGCUGAGCCUACAGGCGCCCAACAUCUCACUAACUUCUCCUGGUGCAGAUUUGGUCUGGGGCCCUGGAGAAGCAGAGAUCACUGGUGGUCUGAACUUUACCAUCACCUGCUCCAUUAACCCUAAAUCUCCUCAUGGUCAUUUCUUUCUCAUCAUUUCUGGAUUCAACAUGACUACCAACAGCCCAGCAGUCAACAACGCAGCCUCCUUUACCUUUCCUGUGGCAGAGUUAAAACACCAGGGUAACUACAGCUGUUUGUACCAGGUUACCCUGUCUGGACGCACCGUGGCCUCUGCUGAGUCAGCACCCAUCACUGUUGUUGUGAAGCUGAGCCUACAGGCGCCCAACAUCUCACUAACUUCUCCUGGUGCAAAGUUGGUCUGGGGCCCUGGAGAAGCAGAGAUCACUGGUGGUCUGAACUUUACCAUCGCCUGCUCCAUUAACCCUGAAUCUCUUCAUGGUCAUUUCUUUCUCGUCAUUUCUGGAUUCAACAUGACAAGCAACAGCCCAGCAGUCAACAACGCAGCCUCCUUUACCUUUCCUGUGGCAGAGUUAAAACACCAGGGUAACUACAGCUGUUUGUACAAGGUUACCCUGUCUGGACGCACCGUAGCCUCUGCUGAGUCAGCACCCAUCACUGUUGUUGUGAGGCUGAGCCUACAGGCGCCCAACAUCUCACUAACUUCUCCUGGAGCAGAGUUGGUCUGGGGCCCUGGAGAAGCAGAGAUCACUGGACGUCUGAACUUUACCAUCACCUGCUCCAUCAACCCUGAAUCUCCUCAUGGUCAUUUCUUUCUCGUCAUAUCUGGAUUCAACAUUACUACCAACAGCUCAGCAGUCAACAACGCAGCCUCCUUUACCUUUUCUGUGGCAGAGUUAAAACACCAGGGUAACUACAGCUGUUUGUACCAGGUUACCCUGUCUGGACGCACUGUGGCCUCUGCUGAGUCAGCACCCAUCACUGUUGUUGUGAGGCUGAGCCUACAGGCGCCCAACAUCUCACUAACUUCUCCUGGUGCAGAUUUGGUCUGGGGCCCUGGAGAAGCAGAGAUCACUGGUGGUCUGAACUUUACCAUCACCUGCUCCAUUAACCCUAAAUCUCCUCAUGGUCAUUUCUUUCUCAUCAUUUCUGGAUUCAACAUGACUACCAACAGCCCAGCAGUCAACAACGCAGCCUCCUUUACCUUUCCUGUGGCAGAGUUAAAACACCAGGGUAACUACAGCUGUUUGUACCAGGUUACCCUGUCUGGACGCACCGUGGCCUCUGCUGAGUCAGCACCCAUCACUGUUGUUGUGAAGCUGAGCCUACAGGCGCCCAACAUCUCACUAACUUCUCCUGGUGCAAAGUUGGUCUGGGGCCCUGGAGAAGCAGAGAUCACUGGUGGUCUGAACUUUACCAUCGCCUGCUCCAUUAACCCUGAAUCUCUUCAUGGUCAUUUCUUUCUCGUCAUUUCUGGAUUCAACAUGACAAGCAACAGCCCAGCAGUCAACAACGCAGCCUCCUUUACCUUUCCUGUGGCAGAGUUAAAACACCAUGGUAACUACAGCUGUUUGUACCAGGUUACCCUGUCUGGACGCACCGUAGCCUCUGCUGAGUCAGCACCCAUCACUGUUGUUGUGAGGCGUAAGUAAA